GACAUGCUUCAGGCUGCGGGUCAGUACAGAGAAACUAAAGCCUCCGUGUACCGACCUCCUGAAAAUGCACCUGCAGAGCCUGAGUACAUCCCUUGGACAGCGUAUGGUGGCGUUGGAGGCGUUCGCACCAUCAUUUCCCGCCAGCAUGAGAUCAUCCUGCGCUCUGUUUACCCACAUGCUGACUGUGAGUUACGCAGUACUCUCUGUGAGCAGCUGGUGGCGCUGUUGGACAUCUACUUGGGUGGUUAUGUGGCUCAGCUGACUUCCAUACAAAAGCAGAGGCCCUCAGGACCCCUUCAGGAGCGCUACAACAGCCUAGAGAUGGAGUACAUCCAACGCCGCUCAGAGCUGCUCACACCGCUGUUGGAGCUUGGACAGUAUCAGUGGGUGGCAGCGCUGGCUGAGAAGUACUGUGACUUUGACAUCCUGGUUCAGAUGUGUGAGCAGACCGACAACCAGAAUCGCCUGCAGCACUACAUGGCCAAGUUUGCUGACCAGAACUUUGCAGACUUUGUGUUUCGGUGGUACAUGGAGAAGGGAAAGAGGGGGAAGCUGCUGUCUCAGCCGGCAGCACAGCAUCAGCAGCUGGCCAGCUUCCUGCAGGCUCAUCAACACCUGAGCUGGCUGCACCACAUCCACGUCCACGACUACCAAAGU